AUGAAGCUGACCUGCCCCCGGAGUUCCUUCCCCUCCCUCCUCCUCCUCCUGCUCCUGCUCCUGCGCUCCUCUCUGGGCAGCCCGGGGGGGCGAUGGCGGGGGUCGGGGUCCGGGAACACCAGCGUCAACAUCGCCAUCGUCCUGCCUCACAACAACACCGAGUACGCCUGGGCUUGGCCGAGGGUCGGACCGGCCAUCCGACUGGCCAUCGAGAAGAUCAACGGCGACCGGAGCCUCCUGAGGGACCACCACCUGACCUACAAGUUCAUGAGCAGCGAGCAGGACGGCAAGUGCGCCGAUUUCCUGGCGCCCAUCCACGCCGUGGACCUGAAGCUGGAGUACGACCCCGACGUGUUCGUGGGUCCCGGCUGCAUCUACACCACCGCCCCCGUGGCCCGUCUCGCCACCCACUGGAAGGUGCCCCUGGUCACGGCCGGGGCUUCGGCUUACGGCUUCUCCAACAAGACGGGAGAGUUCAACACCACCAUUAGGACCGGACCCGCUUAUCCCAAACUGGGCGAGUUCAUCAGCCACCUCCACUGGACCUUCAACUGGACUUCCAGGGCCGCCCUGAUCUACCUGGACAUCAAGAGGGACGACCGCCCUUUCUUCUUCAUGACCGAGGGCAUCUACACGUCCCUGGAGUACGAGUUCCCCAACAUCACGGUGUUCAGCAACACCGAGGAGCAGUUGGACCACACCGAGAUCCUGGCCAUCGUGCACUUCAUCAAACAGCACAGCCGGAUUGUGUAUAUAUGUCUUCCCUUCGAAGGUUUACGCCAGAUCAUGUUGUACGCCCAUAAAGAGGGACUGACGGGUGGGGACUAUGUCUUUUUCUACGUGGAUGUGUUUGGGGAAAGUCUCAGAGGGAAUUCGCAAUCGCCCGGAGGGUCCUACAGACUCUGGCAAACCAACGACAGCCAUGAGGAGAUCCUCAAGAAAGCUUUCGAAUCUGUUAUGAUCAUUACCUAUCGGCAGCCAGAGGACCCGACAUAUUUGACGUUUCAGGAAGAUUUAAGGAGCAAAGCUAGACGUGAGACGGGCAUAAUUUUGAACAACACUCUGAUUAAUUUUAUUGCUGGCUGUUUCUAUGAUGGUAUCACGCUGUAUGCCAUGGCUCUGAAUGAGACACUCGCAGCAGGAGGAACCAAGAAAGAUGGGCUGAUUAUCACCAGGAACAUGCUGGACAGACAAUUCCAAGGUGUAACUGGGCUAGUGAGCAUCGAUGAAAAUGGUGAUCGAGACAUUGACUUUAGUCUCUGGGACAUGGUCAACACAGAAACGGGGGAAUACGAGGUUGUUGCUCACUACCUUGGAAUAAAGAAACAGAUCUUCUGGAUUCCCAACCUAGAGAUUCAUUGGCCAUUGGGUUUUCCUCCCGUAGACAAUCCUCCUUGUGUGUUUGAUACUGAAAACCCUUCCUGCAAGCAAGUUACCUUGCCACUUCUCGGAAUCGUUGCCCUGGGAGCGGGUCUUACGCUGGCUAUUUUUGGAAUAUCCAGCUUUCUUGUUUACAGGAAACUAAAGCUGGAGAAGGAGCUAGCCAGGAUGAUGUGGAGAAUCCGCUGGGAAGAACUUCAAUUGGGAAACUGUGACAAAUACCGGAAGGGUGCUGGCAGCAGACUCACCUUGUCAUUGCGAGGAUCCAGUUAUUGUUCCUUAAUGACCACCCAAGGAAAAUAUCAGCUCUUUGCAAAGACUGGCUACUUUAAGGGUAAUUUAAUCGCAAUCAAACAUGUAAAUAAGAAGCGGAUUGAGCUUACCAGACAAGUACUAUUCGAACUGAAGCACAUGAGAGAUGUGCAGUUCAACCAUUUAACAAGGUUCAUUGGAGCGUGCAUUGAUGCGCCAAAUAUCUGUAUUGUAACAGAAUAUUGCCCUAGAGGAAGUCUUCAGGAUAUCCUGGAAAAUGAAAGCAUUAACCUUGACUGGGUAUUCCGCUAUUCACUGAUCAACGACAUUGUGAAGGGAAUGGCAUUUAUACACAACAGUAUUAUUAGCUCACAUGGGAAUCUUAAAUCAUCCAACUGUGUGGUGGACAGUCGCUUUGUGCUAAAAAUCACAGAUUAUGGUUUGGCAAGUUUCCGCUUAACGUGUGACAAUGAAGAUUCAUACGCUCUCUAUGCAAAAAAACUUUGGACAGCACCAGAGUUAGUAAGAUGGGGGCGAGCACCUCCUCAAGGUACCCAGAAAGGAGACAUAUACAGUUUCGGCAUUAUUCUUCAAGAAAUUGCCUUGAGAAAUGGCCCAUUUUACAUAGAAGGAAUGGAUCUCAGUCCAAAAGAAAUUGUUCAGAAGGUCAGAAAUGGUCAAAAGCCUUACUUCAGGCCCAGCACAGACAUCAAUCGCCACAGUGAAGAAUUGGGCCACUUCAUGGCCAGGUGCUGGGCAGAGGACCCUGCUGAGAGGCCUGAUUUUAGCCAAAUCAAGAUCCUGAUCAGAAGAUUCAACAAAGAGGGCAGAAGCAGUAUCCUGGACAACCUGCUCUCACGGAUGGAGCAGUAUGCCAAUAACCUGGAGAAGUUGGUAGAAGAGAGGACACAGGCCUACCUUGAGGAGAAGAGGAAAGCAGAAAAUCUGCUCUAUCAAAUAUUACCUCACUCUGUGGCGGAACAGCUGAAGUGGGGCGAGACAGUACAAGCAGAGGCAUUUGACAGUGUCACAAUUUAUUUCAGUGAUAUCAUCGGCUUCACUUCCAUGUCUGCGGAGAGCACGCCUCUGCAGGUGGUGACCUUACUGAAUGACCUUUACACCUGUUUUGAUGCUAUUAUUGACAACUUUGAUGUCUAUAAGGUGGAAACCAUUGGAGAUGCCUACAUGGUUGUCUCAGGCCUUCCUGUAAGGAAUGGUAAACUCCAUGCCCGGGAAUCUGCCCGAAUGUCCUUAGCGUUGCUUGAAGCAGUCAGAUCAUUUAAAAUACAGCACAGACCCAAUGACCAGCUGAAGCUACGAAUAGGAAUGCACACUGGUCCAGUGUGCGCGGGGGUUGUUGGCUUAAAAAUGCCUCGCUAUUGUUUAUUUGGAGACACGGUUAAUACAGCAUCUCGUAUGGAAUCUACUGGAGAGGCCUUGAAAAUCCACGUAUCCUCGGCAACCAAAAGCGUUCUGGAUGAGUUUGGAAGUUUUGAACUGGAUCUCCGUGGAGAUGUGGAAAUGAAGGGUAAAGGCAAAAUGAGGACAUAUUGGCUGCUCGGCGAGAGAAAACAUGUUCUCGACAUCUGAAGGAAAAAUCAGUAUGUGAGUUGCCUGCACAGUAUUAUACUGCAGAGCAGUGAUUGUUAAAGCUACAGUUUUAUUUGUUCCAAAAAUAAACUUUGGCUAUGUUGAUUUCUGGAGAACAGAUCUUAUGCAAAAUAUCAGUAGCAUAGAAGUAUUCCGGGUAUGUUUUAUACCUGAGCAAAGCUGCAAAAUAUGUCAUUUUUAUUAAGAUCUUUUUCUUCUAAGUGAAUACUUUUCAACAAUAAACCCUUAUUUUUUGUGCUUUCUAUAUUAAGAUUUAUAUAAUGUGUUUGAGAAGAUAUGUAAAUAUAUUUUCCCCUUCUACAAGCUGUAUAUACUGUGUAUCAAGAUAUUGCUAAAUAUUUUGUUCAAAUAAACCCAAUAAAAACC